GGAACAUGACGACGUCACGUGAUUUGCCCCCGGUGUGACUCAUACGUAUACAGAGCAGCUGGCUUUCAUACACAGAUGCGUCGUCGAUGAGACUGUCGUUACACCGCAUUGUUUAUUUGAUGGUUUUUUUUCCAACCAUGCAUCUCGCGAUUUGGAUCGGAACCGACGAGCUUAGUUGAUUGCUAAUUGAAGUGACGUCAUCACAUCGAGAUGGCUGCCGAAAUGUGUCCUCAGGAGACCAUCCCCAUUUUCAUUGACAAAAAUGGUGUCAUGGAGAGGCCGCAAAGGAUGGGACCGACAAUAGUUGAGUUGCAGCAUUCGGACAAUUAUGUGAAAAAGCACUCGAAAGACCCCAAGCUGCCUGAGAUCAAACAGCAUGUCAGGAAUGUUUAUUGUACCUGCACAAAGCCAAUGCUCGCAGCUGGGACUUUUCUGCUGCCUGCUGGCCUCCCUGCAAAGAGGAUGUUUACAGCCACGCCAAAGGUGUCCAAACCGCCCUUGUGUAUUGUUGACACCAACAAGGGACACAAGGAGUACCAUAACAAGUUUUCAGGACUUGUCCCUGUUUACGUUAAAAAAAAGGAUUAUGGAGUGAUACCAGCUUAUUUGCUGCGCCGCAAAGGACACAUUACAAAGUCUCUUCAGUCCAAUACAGAAGGCAAACAGGAGGAGUCCGAAAUAGAAAUAGAAAUAGAAAAUCUUACGGACGAGGAGUGUCGCGAAAUCAUUGAGGACCUGAAGAAGAAGUGCUCAAGGCUGAACACAGCCUACCAGCGCCUCCCAUUUGUCAUAGACACUCCAUCAUUGAAGACCCGUAAGACGCGACUGGAGGGUGAUAUGCAGCAGCUGGAGAAUGACCUCAAACUCCUUGAAACAUUGGUGUCCAACAAGUAAAAGGUGUGCCAGCAAUUUUAACUUCAAAAGAAGCACAUCAAAGUCAAUCAGAGGCGGUCUUAAUUUGUGUGGGAUAUCAUCCUCUCAUCGAGGCCCCAAAAGAUGAACGAUUGAUGUUACUAAACACAUUGUUUGAUAUGAUGUCACUCAUUGUUCAAAUGUGCUGUUUAUGUCCUCACCUUUACUUUUCACCUCAACCUUUAAACAAUCUAAAUCUGAUUUUGACUGAGGAGAAAGACGUAGGAUAUAUACAAGUUUAUUAUAACUGAUUAGAAAAUGCUUUGCUAAGCAAAUAAAGUUUUCUUCUUUUAAAUGUGCUUAUUGUUAGACCUCUUUAUUCUAUUCUUCAUCUAGCUGUGACAUUUUAAACCAUUUUUAGUAUCCAAAGUUAUGGGAACAGUUUAAGGAAGGUCCCUUUCCCAGCACAAAACAAGUCAUGCUUGAAUGAGAGAUGUGCAAAGAAUAACCUUAGAGACCUAAUUCCAACUGUGUUAUAGGCCUACGAUAGUGAUUAGCAAUCACUGUACCCGGGUACGUUUG